UUCAGCGUGCAGGUGACGGCGGCCGCGGCCGGCGGGGCGGCCGGGGGGGUGCCGGCCGGACCGGCCAUGGGGAGAGCCAGCGCCGCGGCCAACGGGAACCCGCCCAACGUCCAGGGCAUCACUUCCUACCAACAACGAAUAACUGUCCAGCAUCCUCUGCCCAACCAAUCAGAAUGUAGGAAAAUCUACAGAUAUGACGGAAUCUACUGUGAAUCUACCUACCAGAAGGACUGCUACUGACCUACCAGCCUAUGACUGCUUGACAGUGGUAAUUGCCUCACCCAGAAAGUCAUGCCUGAUGGACCCUUCCAACAUGGGCCAGCUACCAGCCUCAGUCUCCCAGUAUAGUUUACAAGCCUUGAGAAAGGAAAAGUCCCGAGAUGCUGCUCGUUCUCGCCGAGGAAAGGAAAAUUUUGAGUUCUAUGAGCUGGCCAAAUUGUUGCCACUUCCUGCAGCCAUUACCAGCCAGCUUGACAAGGCAUCCAUCAUUCGGCUAACAAUUAGCUAUUUGAAGAUGAGGGACUUUGCUAAUCAGGGGGAUCCUCCGUGGAACUUGAGAAUGGAAGGACCACCACCCAACACGUCAGUAAAAGGGAUACAAAUGUGGAAAUCUGAGGUCUGCAUGAGAAAGACACCAUGUGAAGGUCCAGGAGCUGAAGGGAAAAAAGAAAUGAUAAAUGAAUCUGAGAGAUCUAUGAAUGAAACAUGGCCAAAGCUAGAAGCAGAGAGUAAUACAGAUACAAAGGAUCAGAAAAUUAUAGGUGCCCAGCGCAGGAGAAGCCCCAGUGCACUUGCCACUGAAGUAUUUGAGUCACAUUUGGGAAGUCACAUUUUACAGUCCCUGGAUGGAUUUGUAUUUGCACUAAACCAAGAGGGAAAAUUUUUGUACAUUUCGGAAACAGUCUCCAUUUAUCUAGGCCUAUCCCAAGUGGAACUGACAGGCAGCAGCGUCUUUGACUAUGUCCACCCAGGAGACCAUGUGGAGAUGGCAGAGCAGCUGGGCAUGAAGCUUCCCCCGGGGCGAGGCCUUCUCUCGCAGGGAACAGCAGAGGACGGAGCCAGCUCAGCAUCUUCAUCUUCUCAGUCUGAGACCCCAGAGCCAGUGGAAUCCACGAGCCCCAGCCUACUUACAACGGACAACAAUCUAGAGAGAUCUUUUUUCAUCCGGAUGAAAUCUACCCUGACCAAGCGAGGCGUGCACAUCAAAUCCUCAGGAUAUAAGGUGAUUCAUAUAACAGGAAGGUUGCGCCUGAGAGUCUCGCUGUCCCAUGGGCGGACGGUCCCUAGCCAAAUCAUGGGGCUUGUAGUUGUUGCUCAUGCUUUGCCCCCUCCUACGAUCAAUGAAGUCAGAAUCGACUGCCACAUGUUUGUUACGCGAGUAAACAUGGACCUCAAUAUCAUAUACUGUGAAAAUAGGAUUAGUGAUUAUAUGGAUCUGACUCCUGUAGACAUCGUAGGGAAGAGAUGUUACCACUUCAUUCACGCUGAAGAUGUGGAAGGGAUCAGGCACAGUCACUUAGAUUUGCUGAACAAGGGUCAGUGUGUAACAAAAUACUACCGCUGGAUGCAGAAGAAUGGGGGUUAUAUAUGGAUACAGUCCUGUGCCACCAUCGCUAUCAAUGCUAAGAAUGCAAAUGAGAAAAACAUCAUCUGGGUCAAUUACCUUCUGAGCAACCCUGAAUAUAAGGACACUCCAAUGGAUAUUGCACAACUUCCUCAUCUGCCAGAGAAAACCUCAGAAUCCUCUGAGACCUCAGAUUCUGAAUCAGACUCAAAGGACAACUCAGAAGACAAUGAAAAUUCAAAGUCAGAUGAGAAAGGAAAUCAGUCAGAAAACAGCGAAGACCCUGAGUCAGAUAGGAAGAAGUCCGGGAAUCAGUCAGAUAAUGAAAUGAACUGUAAUGACGAUGGGAACAGUUCCAGCAACCAGGAUAGCAGAGACAGUGAUGACAGCUUUGAAAAUUCUGACUUUGAGAAUCAAAAGGCCCCUGAAGAUAGUUUUGGCACUCUGGGUUCUAUGCAGAUAAAGGUGGAGCGCUACGUGGAAAGCGAAUCUGACUUGCGGUUACAGAACUGUGAAUCAUUGUCCUCAGAUAGUGCCAAGGACUCAGACAGUGCAGGAGAAGGAAAUGCUCAGUCUUCCAGCAAACAUCAAAAGAGGAAGAAGAGGAGGAAAAAGCAAAAAGGAGGCAGCAUGACCCGCAGAAGGCUGUCAAGCACUUCAAGCCCCAAUGGACUCGACCCAGCAUUGGUGGAUCAGCCCCAGCUGCUCUCAUCACCAAACAGUGCCUCAGUGCUCAAAAUCAAAACAGAGAUCUCAGAACCUAUCAAUUUUGAUAACGAUAGCAGUAUUUGGAAUUACCCACCCAACAGGGAAAUCUCAAGGAACGAAUCGCCCUACAGUAUGACCAAGCCCCCAAACUCAGAGCACUUCCCCUCACCUCAAGCCAGCAGUAGUUUACAUGUCUCCAUUCCAGACUCUGUUCUCACCCCACCAGGGACUGAAAAUACUGCCAGCCGCAAAUCUCAGUUCAGCACCUCAUCCAACUCCGCCUUGGCUCCCGUAUCCUCUGACCCUUUAUCGCCACCCUUGUCAGCAUCUCCACGGGACAAGCAUCCGGGAGGCCCCAGCACUUCCAACUCUUUGUUGUACACUGGGGAUCUGGAAGCCCUCCAGAGGUUGCAAGCAGGCAAUGUGGUCCUUCCUUUGGUUCACAGGGUAACUGGAACCCUUGCUGCCACCAGCACGGCUGCUCAGAGGGUCUAUACCACUGGCACUAUUCGGUAUGCUCCAGCUGAAGUUACUUUAGCCAUGCAGGGCAAUCUCCUCCCCAACACUCAUGCUGUUAACUUUGUGGAUGUUAACAGCCCCAGCUUCGGCCUGGAUCCUAAAACACCGAUGGAAAUGCUCUACCACCACGUUCACCGACUCAAUAUGUCAGGACCGUUUGGAAGUGCUGUGAGCGCGGCCAGUCUGACCCAAAUGCCUGCAGGGAAUGUGUUCACAACUGCCGAAGGACUCUUCUCUACUCUUCCAUUUCCUGUGUACAGCAAUGGUAUUCAUGCCACACAGACACUGGAACGGAAAGAGGAUUGAAAUAUGACCACAUACUGUGUUCAGUGUUAUACUCUGAGGCAUAGACUAUAUUUUAAUUUAGACCUUUAAUUCUAGCACUUUGAAUUUGAGCAGGUCAGCUUAUUCUCUCAAUAUGAUGGUCCCCAUUUCAUCCCCUUUCUCUUUAACUUGACUUAUUCUUUAAUGUAAGAGAUUUUUUAAAUUUGCCUUCAGAGAGCUGAAGUAUCAGUUGCCUGCCAUUUUGUCUUCUUCCAAGAUGUGUAUUUUUUUCCUUUGCAUCUUUAUUAAGAUGCCUUUAAUAUGUGUAUGCCUCUGCCAUAGAAUACUCAGUGUUGUGGUAAAGAGAUUUUAAUGGGACAACCAUUGGGUUUACUUCAUGAUCUUGAUAUGAUCAAGAUUAAAAGAAACAAGCAUAAAACAAUGUGCCCUGUUUGACUAAGUCAAAUGAAAAGGGAUUUUUUUGUUCCUAAUUCAUUUAAAAAUAGGGGAUAGUAUUUUAGAAUUUUAUGCAGAGUUUAAUUCACUUUUUAUGGUUAAGAUUUUCUUACUUGCACAUAAAAUAAUUUGUGUUCUUAAAAAGUUAAUUUCUGGCCUGUGAUUAGAAUAAUAAGAGGAUGGACUAAAUGUUAAUUACAGAAACUUUAACUUAAUUUCUAAAACCAUGGUGCUAUCAUUUAUUAAUCUGUAAUGUCUUCACACAAAUAUGCAGCUUGUGGGCUGGGGUUUUUGAAAGGAAUGUUUUCUGUACUAGUCUAUAGUCAGGUGCUGCAGUCUCCUUGGUUAGUUAAGAUAAAAGCCCUCAUUAACAUUUGCUGCAGGACUUAAUUUUUUUUACCUCCAAACUAACAAACAUAGCCUCAUAUUAAAUUUAAAUGGAUCUGGAAGCCUCUUUUUUUUUCUUUUUUGGUAAAUGCGCUUAAAAAGAAAACUCAAUUAAAUUGGCAUGAGGAUCAGAGGUUUGUUUUAGGUGUGUAUUGUUUCUCUUUUUUAUUUUCUCAGUGUAACUGAGGCUAAUUUUACAACUUCCAAAUAACACUUCAGAGUAAGGGGAAAAAGAUAUAUUUAACAUGGUUUCUUUUUUUCAUUUAAUGUUAUAGAGGGAAGGUUGUACAUUUUUUGUUUUGUUUGUUGAGUUGUCUUUUGUAAUUCCCCCUCUCCCCCCCUUCUAGUGUUGAAGCCAAUAUGUUUUCAAGAAUGGGUUAAUGAGCUUGAAAUAGAUAACUGCAACUAAAAACUGCACAUUAAGUAUUUAAAAAAAAGAAAAAAGAAAAAAGAAAAGAAAUCUCCUAUUUUGUCUUUGUUGCCAGAAAUCAGUGUAGUGUCAAACACUCCAAAUAACUGUCAAGUAUAAAUUCUUCUUCCACCCCAUCCAUCGUUGGCAGCUGUUUGUUAAGGCAUCUAAUAACAGAUGUGAGAACUGUAAUGUGUACAAUGUGUAAGUGUCCUUGGCUGUCAGUCCCAUUGCAGUUUCAAUGUGUGUUACUAUAUGCAGUAUAUACUAAGCUAAUGUAGUUGUUUUGUCCUUUGUCUUCUCUGUGCUUUAUCUCUAGUCUGGAGUGGCAAAUGCCCAUUCCUAACAGUCCUAGUGAACCAGUGAUUCUUGGGGGUUAGUGGUUUUUUGUGUGGUGACCUUCCUCUGUAAUGUCACCUUAUGCUGCUUCCACUGUCUGUAUAUCUUUUCAUUUCCGCUGUUGCUUUGCUGUUGUGUAUUCUCAAAUCACUCUCUUUCUCUCUUCCCCCUCCCUUUCUUUGUUUCUCCCCUAUUUCUUCCUCUUUCUCUCUUUCUCCAUUCUCAGAGAUAAAAGACUCUUAACUAGCUCAAGGUUAAUGGAGCCAUUUUUCCCACAGAGGAAUUCUGGGUAUGACUUACUCUUAACAGUGUGCGCCACACAAUGCACUAAAGAGUAAUACUCAGAUAUAUUAAACAAAGUGAUGCCAUAUAGCCUCAGUUGUUAACAUUUCCAGAGUCCCUUGUGCUCUAACUGUAAGUAGAUGGUGCAUUUCUUUGGUUUUCUCCCAAGUAGGUUAAUGGAGCAAUUUUCAAGUGAGACAGAAAUUCUUUCAAAGGUCAACUGACAUGGUUAAAAAGGGCAACCGAGCUUAGGAUUGUCAUAUAUAUAUAUUUGCAUAUAUGUGCAAUGUUAAUGUAUAAUAGCUCAGUUGUCCUCUACAUUUUGGAUAACACACUUGUUAAACCAAACAAGCUAGCAAUUUAGAACAUGAGGAGUAGGUCUGAGAAAGAGUGGAAAGGAAUGAUGCCCAAAAUAGGCAUUGGAUGCUGCAAAUUCUG